AUGAGCAUCACGAAACUUGUACGCUCCAACGCGUUUAAACCAAUCCCAAACUUUGUCAGAAGCUCUCUACGUAACGCCUGCGUCGAGUCAGACCAAAACACAGAGUCUCCUUACAAACCCAGGAAGCAUCACAUUUUAGCAACAAAUCUCAUCCUUUCCUACUUCGAAAAAGGCUUGGUCGAAGAAGCACGCUCACUGUUCGACGAAAUGCCUGAGAGAGACGUAGUCGCUUGGACCGCAAUGAUCAAAGGUUACGCUUCUUCUAAUCACAACGCACGCGCUUGGGAGUGUUUCCGUGAGAUGAUCAGGCAAGGAACUAACCCGAAUGAGUUCACACUCUCUAGCGUCCUCACUUCUUGUAGAGACAUGAAGGUUUUGGGUUAUGGUCGUUUGGUUCAUGGGGUUGUUAUCAAACUCGGUGUGGAAGGUUCUAUAUACGUUGACAAUGCCUUGAUGAAUAUGUACGCUACUUGUUCUGCAACAAUGGACGCUGCUUGUUUGAUUUUUCGGUAUAUCAAGGUGAAAAACGAAGUCACUUGGACUACUCUAAUCACCGGUUUUACACACUUAGGUGAUGGAAUUGGCGGUUUAAAGAUGUAUAAGAAAAUGUUGAUGGAGAAUGAAGAUGUGACUCCUCAUUGUAUAACCAUAGCUGUUAAAGCUUCUGCUUCCAUUGAUUCCGUGACAACUGGGAAACAGAUUCAUUCGUCGGUGGUUAAACGUGGGUUUCACUCUAACCUUCCGGUGAUGAACUCUAUACUGGACUUAUACUGCAGGUGCGGAUACUUAACAGAAGCCAAACGCUACUUCCAUGAGAUGGUAGAUAGAGAUCUCAUCACAUGGAACACUCUGAUAUCCGAGCUUGAGCGAUCAAACAGCAGCGAAGCUCUCCUCAUGUUUCAGCGGUUCGAGUCACAACAAGGCUUCGUACCAAACUGCUACACUUUCACAAGCUUAGUAGCCGCCUGCGCUAACAUAGCAGCGUUGAACUGUGGCCAGCAGCUUCACGGGAGGAUAUACAGAAGAGGGUUUAACAAGAACGUUGAGUUAGCCAACGCCUUGAUCGAUAUGUAUGCUAAAUGCGGCGACGUACCUGACUCUGAAAGAGUGUUUGGCGAGAUUGCAGAGAGGAGGAACCUUGUCUCCUGGACCUCGAUGAUGAUUGGUUACGGAUCGCAUGGUUAUGGAGCAGAGGCUGUUGAGCUUUUCGAUGAAAUGGUGAGUGUUGGUAUUAGACCAGACCGGAUUGUGUUCAUGGCGGUUCUGAGCGCGUGUCGCCACGCCGGUUUGGUGGAGAGAGGGUUGAAGUACUUUAAUGCGAUGGAGAGCGAGUAUAGGAUAGAGCCGGAUCGAGAUAUCUACAACUGUGUUGUUGAUUUGCUUGGAAGAGCCGGGAGAAUAGGAGAGGCUUAUGAGUUGGUUGAGACGAUGCCGUUUAAGCCGGACGAGUCCACGUGGGGAGCGAUCUUGGGAGCUUGUAAAGCGCAUAAGCACACGGGGUUGAUAAGCAGAUUGGCUGCGAGGAGAGUUAUGGAGUUGAAACCGAGGAUGGUGGGGACUUAUGUGAUGCUUUCGUACAUCUAUGCAGCGGAAAGGAAAUGGGGAGAUUACGCGAGAGUGAGGAAGAUGAUGAGGAUGAUGGGGAACAAAAAGGAAGCGGGUGUGAGCUGGAUCCUGGUGGAGAAUCAGGUUUUUAGUUUCGCUGCGAGUGAUAAAGCUUGUCCUAGUGCUGAUUCUGUGUAUUCAGUCUUGGGGUUAGUGAUAGAGGAGACCAGAGAAGCUGACUUCUCCUUAGUUCAAGAACCUGGAACUUGACCACAAAAUCUGAAAGUGGGUGAGAAUCUUUCUGGAGUUAACUACCAUUAGUGAGCAAAUCUCUUUAUGGGUAGAUACAGUAAUGGAGAGUGGUCCUACAUAGUAAAGAACAAAACUCCCCAUACCUCAUUUUAGAUCAGGUAUGGGCAACUUUUGAUAUCAGGACAAUCUUAACCGGCCUCAAUGGAACAAAUGUUGUUUGUCUAUUUCUAGCAUAGCCUUUCUUUCUUGUAUUGAUGUUUUGAAUUGUCAUAGCUUACAAGAAACUUUGAAGAAAUGGUUGGUUGUGAAGUAACCUCUGAGUUUCCUUUUUAUUAAAGGAAAAAGAUAGGCACAUGUGACAUUGAUCAUUCAUUCAAAAAGUAGCUUUCUGUUGAAAUGUUAACAUCAAAAGGUUUCAGAUCUAGACGAUUUAAAGCUUUGCUAGUUUAU